AUGAAGACGUGGGCUAAUUUAAGAACGCAAAAGAGACUUGCAGCUAGUGUCAUUGGAGUUGGUCAAAGAAAGAUUUGGUUGGACCCAAACGAAACUGCUGAAAUUGCUAGUGCCAACUCAAGACAAGCCAUUAGAAAAUUGUACAAGAAUGGUACUAUUGUCAAGAAGCCAAACACUGUUCACUCCAGAUCAAGAGCAAGAGCUUUGAAGGAGUCGAAAUCUCAAGGUAGACACAUGGGUUACGGUAAAAGAAAAGGUACCAAAGAUGCCCGUAUGCCACAACAAGUUCUUUGGAUGAGAAGAUUGAGAGUUUUGAGAAGAUUAUUGGCUAAAUACAGAGAUGCUGGUAAGAUUGACAAACACUUGUACCACAACUUGUACAAAGCUGCCAAAGGUAACACUUUUAAACACAAGAGAUCUUUAGUUGAACACAUCAUCACCGCUAAGGCUGAAGCAUUACGUGAGAAGGCAUUGAAAGAAGAGGCAGAGGCUAGAAGAGUUAAGAACAGAGCCGCUAGGGAAAGAAGACAACAAAGAAUCAAUGAAAAGAGAGAAGCUUUGCUUGCCGAAGAUGCUUAA